UAUUAUCUGUAUAUGGUGAUGAGCUGAAAUUGGAAAUCCAAUUUUAUCCACCGCAACCUUAUCUCGGAUUUCCUCCGAAUGUAACCACUGACCUUCCGCGUGGAACCACAAUAUAUCACGUCACAAAAGAGUUUGAAGGUGCCGUUGUGGGAAGGCUAGGUCAUACCGUGACAGCGUUGGCGAAAGGACAAACUGCUGACAAAAGACUUAGAAUUAACAUAAUAAUGCCUCAUUAUUCUCAUCUGAAUGAGUUAUAUCCACACGAGGACUUUGCGAAAUUGAGCAUCGAUGUGCAAGAUGGCUACGGUAAUUGGGCAAAGGUCACGUUCAGCGUCAGAAGGAUUAACUGGAAUUUCACCGAUAGUUCAGAUCACUCAACCCUUCGGAGGCAUCAUGUCUACUUGAUUGGACGUGCGAUCGAUUUUUACCCAUUCACUUUGGCAUUCAGGACGACGAACUCUUUGGACAUUCAUUCGACGCAACGUGGGUUACCACGGGAAUGGAAAGACAUCUACUUUUGUAAAGCCGCGGCAGAGCUCAUUAUUUAUUUAAAUGAGAUUCCAGAAACAUCACUUUUCUCUCCAUCCGAUUCCAGGGGAGUAGACAUCGUGCAUUUGCAUGGGGCCACAAAUGCAUUGGUAUUGGAUUUCGUUAGACAACUUGGUCAGAAGGAUCUUAAGAAUCCAUCACCCGCUAUCGUUUACACCUUACACAAUUAUUUCGAAGAGCCUCUGUAUUCCAACUCGAUCAGAAAUUUAGGAAAAUUUAUGAAUUUAACAAAUCGAUCGAACCUUGCGAAACAUAUUCAUGGACGGCAAUUUCAUCCGUCAGCAUUUGCGAUCGAUAAUUCACAAGCCGUCACUCUCGUUUCUGAAUCAAAAGCGAGAGAAAUGGUGGAAGAUUCGUUGGAUUUUAAGGCGAAAGAAUUAAUAAUACCAAGUAUACUUGAUCGAGCCACAACCGGGCAUUGGAUUGGUAUCACGAACGGGAUAAAUUUCAAUAGGUUUAAUCCGUUCGACAAUUUAAUGCUCUUGGAGUCCAAUUCCAACUUCCCAAAGAACAUUGACGCCUUUGACGAUGCACUUUUAUUUGCCGAAUCCAUCGGCGAAUCAUCGCAAGACCUUGUGACGGAAUCAAAACAAAAUGCGAGGAAGUACCUGAUAAAAGAAGGAUUAUUAAAUGAAGAAGAUUUGGAUCGGCACAUGCUACUAUACGUUGGGAAACUUCAGUAUCAUAAGGGUUUGGACUUUUUUACCCCAAUCGCCGAGAUCAUAACAAAGCAUGGUGCGAAAUUCAUUAUCAUGGGGCAACACGACAAUUAUCCAAUAAGCUACUUGCAACGAAUUAAAUCGAAAUAUCCGGACAACAUAAUUAUAAUUGAUGAUUUAGAGUUUCAAUCAACAUGGGAAGUUUUGUAUCGCGCAGCAACCGAUAUUCAAUUUGUAUCAAGUCCCACCGAAAGUUUUGAAUUAGCGGUGGCCGAAGCGUUAUUAUUUGGCGCAACUGUAAUCAGCACUGAGGCAGGAAGACUGUCUGAGAUUUUAGUAAACAAAACCCAUAGGCAUAUGACAGAUGGGUACAAUAGUUAUUUAUUUGAAACGAACAAUCGUCGAUCGACCGAAGGGUUACAAGAAGCACUGACCAUUGCAUUGAAGGAUUGUGAUCGAUUCGAUGUUAGUUCACAAGAAAAAGAAAAAUUUCUCAGAGGCUUAAUUAAAGAUGCAUUGAGAUUAAGUUGGAAUCGUAGAGGAGGCCCCAUCGAGAAGUACACAAAGGUUUAUAAUUUAGCGAUGUCUCAAGCCCAAAAGGAACUUUCUGUUAAUGUGCUGUACGAAGAAGAUUAA